AUGGCGACCGCGACGCAGGCUCUGCGGGGCCCGGGAGCGGAGCGAAGGGGAAGGAUGCUAACACUGCGCCGACGCCGGGACGAACGGACCGGAAGAACUCCCCGCUACGACCUCAUCCGCCGGAAGCGCCCGCUGGCUGGAGUCACGUGUCUCUUCUCGCUGCUGGCGUUUGCGCAGGGCCUGGUCUGGAACACCUGGGGCCCCAUCCAGAACUCGGCGCGCCAAGCCUACCACUUCUCCAGCUGGGACAUCGCGCUGCUGGUGCUCUGGGGGCCCAUCGGCUUUCUGCCCUGCUUUGCGUUCAUGUGGCUAAUGGACAAGAGAGGUCUUCGGAUCACGGUGCUUCUGACGUCCUUCCUCAUGGUUUUGGGAACUGGUCUCAGAUGCAUACCCCUGUCAGACUUAAUGCUUAAAAGAAGACUGAUCCACGCAGGACAGUUGUUAAAUGGGUUGGCAGGCCCAACGGUGAUGAACGCAGCUCCCUUCCUCUCCACGACGUGGUUUUCUGCCGACGAGCGGGCCACCGCCACAGCCAUCGCGUCCAUGCUCAGCUACCUGGGCGGGGCGUGUGCGUUUCUGGUCGGCCCCCUCCUCGUCCCGGCUCCGAACGGGACGGCUCCUCUUCUGGCAGCGGAGAGCAGCAGGGCCCACAUCGAAGAUCGCAUAGACACUGUGCUGUAUACAGAAUUUGGAGCUGUAUGCUUGAUUUUUGCUGCAACGUUAGCUUAUUUCCCGCCCCGGCCUCCUUUCCCUCCCAGUGUUGCUGCAGCUAGCCAGCGACUGAGCUAUCGGCGGAGCUUUUGUAGAUUAUUAAGCAACUUGAGAUUUUUGAUGAUUGCUUUAGCUUAUGCCAUACCACUUGGUGUAUUUGCCGGCUGGUCUGGAGUUCUGGAUUUAAUUUUAACACCAGUGCAUGUGAGCCAAGUAGAUGCUGGCUGGAUUGGAUUUUGGUCCAUAGUUGGAGGCUGUGUUGUUGGGAUAGCCAUGGCAAGGUUUGCGGACUUUAUCAGGGGCAUGCUGAAGCUCAUUCUUCUCCUCCUGUUUUCCGGGGCCACACUCUCGUCCACGUGGUUCACCCUGACCUGUCUAAACAGCAUCACUUACCUGCCUUUAAACACAGUGACGUUGUACGCCUCCUGCAUUCUCCUGGGAGUGUUUCUGAAUAGCAGUGUACCUAUAUUUUUUGAGCUUUUUGUGGAAACUGUCUACCCAGUUCCUGAAGGAAUUACUUGUGGAGUUGUCACUUUUUUAAGUAAUAUGUUCAUGGGAGUACUUCUGUUUUUCCUCACAUUUUAUCACACAGAGUUGUCUUGGUUUAACUGGUGCCUGCCCGGGUCGUGCUUGCUCGGUCUCCUCCUCAUCGUGUGCUUCAGGGAGUCCUACGACAGGCUCUAUCUGGACGUGGUCGUGUCCGUCUAACAGCAGACGUGGCGCCGGACAGACGAGGACGCCCGGUGAACUGCGCAUGUGCGUGGAAUUAAUUGCACGUCCGACUUGGAAGGGGAGAGAAGAGCCGAGAAACUGCACUGAGAGGUUUUGUCAGGCUGCAGAUGACCACAUUGACUACCGCUCGGUAAUGUCGCGGGACUUGCGUGCUAAUGAGUGCUUUUGUAAACCUGCCUCAGUGGCAUUACGAUGCCUGAUUCUCGGGUUGUUGGAAGUGUGAUGUCUUACACAGAAAAUACUACCUGAAUAAUCCCCUCCCUGUUUUGUGCCUGUGCUAAACUACUGAUGGAUUCGUUCUGAUUAUGCAAAGAAAUGAAGAGUAUCUAUGAUAGGAAGAUACCUCCUUCCCCAAGUCACAUAUCAGAAUAGAGAGACAUGCUACUAACUUCUAAAGAGAUUGAACCUUGUCAAAGAUUUUAGUUAGAAAAGAGCGCAGAGGCAUGUGAAUGACAGGAAGUAGCCACGUGUACACUACAUUUUUUUCUAAUAAAGCCAUUUCUUAUGCGA